AUAAACCAAACAGGGUAAAUAAUUUAAUCAAACCAAAUCAAUUAUCCAAAUUAACCAACAAAAUUAUCGACAUACUAUGGGUUAAAACGGUUGUCAUGAUAUUAUAACCACUCCGAACACCCUAGUCGGUAGCAUAGAUCCGGGGCUAAACGUUAAACUUCGACGGAAAUGACAAAAGUCGCAGUUCGGCGUUCGGUGAAAACACGAUAGAAGGAAGAGGGAGCCUAGAACGAAAUUUCUUUCCUCUCUCCUCCGUCCUUAACUCCCUUCCCUCAGUGGUCACUGACUGGUCAGCAGCAAAGCGGGCGUCUUGCUUCAGUCCGACUGUCGGAGUAAGUUUCUGUCAAAUCUCCUCUUUGGAAACUCUGGAAAUAUCGACUUGACGAAUUUCCUAAUCUUCAGUCUUUCAUGAUCAUCCAUCGUUAAGGUUUCCAUCUUUAACUGCUUCUCCUCUCGUAUGCUCUUUUCAUUCGGGUUCUUGCCAAAUGAGCUGUCAAAUUUGUCCUUUCUCUGAGCUUUUCUUUUGGCAUUUUGUCAACUAUUAGCGGCAGCUGCUGCGUCCCUGUUUGAUUUGUAUGAAUUUGGGGUUUAUGGGGUUUUAAUUCCUGUGAAGGUCUGCCAUUCAGAUUGUGAACAGAAAGGAAGAAGCAAUGGCUGCCGCUAAUAACAACACUCCACCAAAGAGCUUAGGGCAAUCCUCAUCCCCAUUUGGGAUCAUCAACUCGUCGAUUCCUCCUAACCAAGGGUUCUCGCAGUCGCAAGGACAUCCCCAAAUAGGUUCCGGGUUGCAGAAUCAGUUCCAGUUGUCUCAAGCUCAAGCGAAUGCACAGGCCCAGUUGAAAGCACAGGCUCAGGCUCACGCAGCUCAAUUCCAAGCUGCUCACGCUCAACUCCAGGCGCAAAUGCAGGCUCAAGGGAUCGCCAUUAAUCAGACCCUGAAUCCCGGAAUGAGCAACUUGGCCGGCGUGAAGCGGCCUCCCUUCCAGAAACCACCUGGCCGACCUCCAGGAAUCCCCACCAUGGUCUCCCCACUUCCAAAAUCCAUGAAUUCAUCACCAGCCGCCGCAGCCGCUCGAAGUAAGAUGCAGAAACUUCCAGUGAAACAACAGCUGCCGGAGAGAGUAGCAUCUAUUCUCCCAGAGUCUGCUCUUUACACCCAGCUGCUCGAGUUCGAGUCCCAUGUUGAUGCUGCUCUUACAAAAAAGAAACUGGACAUUCAUCAAGCACUUAAGACCCCUCCUUCAGUGCAGAAAACGUUAAGGAUUUAUGUGUUCAAUACAUUUGCCAAUCAGGUCAAGACAAUCCCACAGAAGCCGAAUGCCGAACCACCUUCUUGGACACUCAAGAUCAUUGGGAGGAUUUUGGAAGAAGGGGUUAACCCUAACCCGCCUGGAGUAGUUCAGAAUUUUAAUCCAUUGUACCCAAAGUUCUCGUCUUUCUUCAAAAGGGUGUCCAUUUCCUUGGAUCAGAGACUAUAUCCUGAUAAUCACGUCAUCUUAUGGGAGCAAGCUCGUUCGUCUUCACCUCAUGAAGGUUUUGAAGUGAGUAGAAAGGGUGAUAAAGAGUUCCUAGCUCAUAUAGGUUUGGACAUGAACUAUGUUCCCGAGAAGUUCAAGUUAUCUCCAGCUUUGUCUGAAGUUCUGGGGAUCGAGGUAGAGAGCCGGCCUAGGGUGAUAGCUGGAAUCUGGCAUUAUGUGAAAGCUAAGAAGCUGCAUUGCGCAGAUGACCCAGCCUUUUUUAACUGUGAUCCACCUCUGCAGAAAGUAUUUGGGGAGGGGAAAAUGAAGUUCACAACGGUUGCACAGAAGAUAUCUCAGCAUUUGUUUGCACCUAAACCAAUACAUUUGGAACAUCAAGUUAAACUUUCAGGAGUUAGUCCAGUGGGGACUGCCUGCUAUGAUGUUGUGGUGGACUUUCCACUUCCUAUCCAGAGGGAAUUGACAGUAAUGCUGGCUAAUGCUGAGAAGAGCAGGGAGCUUGAUGCAUGUGAUGGGUCGAUAACUAAUGCCAUUAGGAAAAUUCAUGAGCAUCGUAGAAGACGGGCUUUCUUUCUUGGGUUUAGUCAGUCUCCUGUGGAGUUCAUCAAUGCUCUGAUUGAAUCCCAAAGCAAAGACUUGAAGCUUGUGGUAGGGGAACCCAGUCGGAGUGCUGAGAAGGAGCAGCGUGCAGAUUUCUUCAGCCAGACCUGGGUUGAAGAUGCUGUUAUUCAGUACUUAAACAGGAAGCCUGCUGUAGCAAGUGACGCUGCUCGCAGUGUUUAGUUCGAAACUUCUAAUCUAUCAAAUUGUCCGACAGCUAACUCUAGUUUUGUGGAUAUACUUUAACCAAGCAUUUAAAGUUCGGAUUGGUGCUUAUCAACAGCUGUUAAAUGUGCUUCUUGUUGUAUAACUAAAAAAUCGUUGUAGCUUGAUUUUAGACAGAAUCGUCCAUGUACCUCAGUGAAGGUACGAUGGAUACCAUGGUGUUGUUUGUUCUCUUAUUUAUGACCAAAAUGUUAGCCGAAGUUCAUAGCCUGUUUCUGGAUACAAAUGGCAUUAGUUUUUGGAUACAAAUUAGGUAGGGUUAUUAAAUGGGUUGUCUUCUUUCAGAAGAUGGUAGCCAAGUUAUGCGCAAAGCUCGAAUCGUUUCGAAAAGAAGGGACAAUAUAAGCCAUGGGUUCCA